UCUGCUGCAGCUGGCCCAAGGGGAAGCCCCGGGCUGCGUUAAACCCAUUGAGGGCGCAGCACUUGCAGGGCCCUGGAGGCCCAGACUGCCAUGAAACCAUGGCCACAGGGCUGCGUGGUGGAGGUGGCUAUGGUGAGUGGGGUCUUGGGAGGCCAGGGACAGCCUGGAGCCUGGCUUUCAGCCCAGAUGCCCAGGCCUCACAGGGAAGCCCUCCUUCCCCGCCCCAAAACCUCUGUACUCUGACCUUGCUGGGAGCUGGGUUGCCCCCCCCACCCCCCGACCUAGUUAGGAGGCUAGGGCGGCGCCCUUCCGUUGAGAGGAAGCAUCCUCCCCAGGGCCAGAGGGGUCUGGGGGCCACCACCUAACGGAAAGCACCGCAGGGGCCAGGGUGGCCCAAUUUCCCCUUCCCGCCUGGGUGGAGGGGAAAUGGAUAAGGGGCUGGCAGGGGGCCCCUCUCUGUCGUUCCUAGGCUGGGUCUAUGUACAGGGAGAAAGAAGCUGGUCCCACUCCCCCACCCAUGGGCACCCUUUUCUGCCCAGGAGCCUGAGAAGUGGGCUACUUGGCUGGCAAAUGCUAGGGCCUUUGAAAUGGAGGAGGAGCCUGGGCAAGGAGAGGUCCCCUCGUGGGCUAGCCACACAGGGCUCAGCAGCACUUGUUUCUCAGGCCUUCCUCCUCUUGCUGUUGCUUCUGGGUGGCCAAGGUCAGGGCAGCACCCCUGGCCCCCGGUGUGACUGUGCCAGUAACUUCCAGAGGAGGUAUGGCCCAUUUUGCUGCAGGGGCUGCCCAAUGGGGCACUACAUGAAGGCCUCCUGCACUCAGCCCUGUGGAGACUCCACCUGCCUUCCCUGCCCCCAGGGCAGCUUUCUGACCAGGGAAAACCACUUUAAGACUCACUGUACCCGAUGCCAGACCUGUGAUGAAGGCGCCUCCCAAGUGGCCCUGGAGAACUGCUCUGCAGUGGCAGACACGCGCUGUGGCUGCCAGCCAGGCUGGCUUGUUGACUGCUCCACCAAGCCCUGUAGGGAAAGUUCUUCUUUCUCCUGCCGCCAAUGCUUAGACUGUGAGACUCCACCGAUCCCCCGGCCCUGCAUGCCUGGCUUCUUUGAAAAUGGCAAUGGCUGUGUGUCCUGCCCCACGAGCAGCAGCAGCAGCUGUCCAGAGGCCUGUUCUGCCAUCUGUGGCUGGAGGCAAAUGUUCUUGGUACAGGUGCUUCUGGCCAGCCUGAUGGUCCCACUCCUGCUUGGGGCCACACUGAUCUACACGUAUCGCCAAUGCCAGCCUUGCAAGCCUGUAGUUCCUGCAGAUACAGCUGAAACAGAGGCCCUGAGCUCAACACAGACCACCCACCUCCCAGCCUCAGACAGCACCCACACUCUUCUGGCAUCCCCUGGAAGUAGUAGGAAAGUUUGCUCCGUCCAGUUGGUAGGCAACAGUUGGACCCCUGGCCUCCUGGGGACCCAGGAGGUAUCCUGCCAGCAUGUGCCACAGUCCUGGGGCCAGGUGCCCAGCAGACCUCUGGGCCCUCCUCUGGCACCCCCACUCUCGCCGGCGCCCCCUGCAGGCUCGCCAGGUGCUGUGCUCCAGCCGGGCCCACAGCUCUACGAUGUGAUGGAUGCGGUUCCAGCACGGCGGUGGAAAGAGUUUGUGCGCACGCUGGGGCUGCGGGAGGCAGAAAUUGAGGCUGUGGAGGUGGAGAUAUGCCGCUUCCGUGACCAGCAGUACGAGAUGCUGAAGCGCUGGCGCCAGCAGCAGCCUGCUGGCCUGGGAGCCAUCUACGCAGCCCUGGAGCGCAUGGGGUUGGAAGGCUGCGCCGAGGACCUGCGCAGCCGCCUGCAGCGUGGGCCGUGAUGCAGGGCCCACCGGCCACUUUAAUGACCUUUGCAGGAGCCUUAAGUACCGUUACUUAUGCGUGUAGACAUUUUAUGUCACUUACUAGCCCUCUGGCACGGCCCUGCGUAGCAGCGCCGCUGGCCUCACCCCUAGUCACGUGCGAGAACUACCAGGAGGGGCCUAGGGACUGACUGCUCAGCUGUUUCUCAGCCUGAGUUUGGCCUUGGUAUUAAAUCUCUUUAGAAAAA